AUGAUGAUACACAAAAAUCAGGAUACCAUCCAUCCUCGCGCCCAAUUACCCCCAGUUGCCUUUAUUUUCUCUAAGCCAGAUCAGAGUAGCCGUCCAACUCUACCUAUGUGUUGUACAGCAAGACUUUUCUUCGGCGUGUGCCUAACUCUCAUACCCCACCCC